AACAGUCGGAGCCAUGUGCAUGUGCUGCCGAUGGUGGGGCCAUGUUCUCGGCCGUGUUUUCUGACGAACUGGGUGAAGAUUACAAUGGGGCCCUGUCUGUGGUAGCGUCCAGGCGGCUUCUCCGUGAACAAGCAGCCCUCCAUCGGGAAGGCUUGGAAUUGCAGGGUGUUUUUCACCACUUCGAUGAAGCCAACCCCCACAAGGCUGCUGCCGUGGUGCUGGGCCCGGAUGAGACGCCGUAUGCCCGCUGCCCUUUUUUGUUCGAGUUCACCUUUCCGAACACUUAUCCUAUGAAACCUCCUCAUGCCAAGCUUUUGACUCGGGACGGGCGGGUGAGAUUUAAUCCGAACCUAUACGUGAAUGGGAAGGUUUGCCUUUCCAUCCUGGGUACUUGGGCUGGGCCUUCUUGGACGUCACUCAGUACAUUUCGAACUGUUUUGAUUUCGAUUCAAUCCCUCCUUUGUUCCAAUCCACUACAGAACGAGCCGGGGCACGAGCAUGAGACGAGCAGUGACUGUGAUUUGUAUGCAGCAAUGGUACGCUAUGAGAGCGUGGCUAUUGCAGCGCUGCAAUUGGGCAAAACUUUACCACCUUGCUUCGAGCCAUUGCGAGCACUCCUUGGUGGCAUCUUCCUGUGCAACUAUUCAGUCUACUGUGAGAUGCUCGCAGGGUUCGUCACAUGUGAGGGCCGCUUGGACAGGUGUCCAUUGUAUGGCUUCGUGACCAAGUAUGCGCCAAGACUUGUGCGCCAACAAUUGGACAGUUUGCAGGCCACCCUCCUGACUCAACCAGAAGCGGUGCAAAUGGCAGAUGAGCUACAACAUCAAGCUUUAGCACUCUGCAUGCCAGAAGCGUCAUCAGAAGAGUUGCCUACAGGAUCUGGAUCAGAAGCUUCGCAACCACUACGGCCAACCCAUGUAGCGCAUGGCCUGUGGCGAGUUGGCCCGGGCGCUCGAAGAUUUCUUCGACGUUGUUGCUUUCUGAGCCUCGUAACUGCUGGAGUUAGUGCCGCAGUUGGUGUGGCUAUUUCCUUUGCAGGGUCUUCUUUCCACGCACUGGAGUAGCUCAGUUUCACUGCUCAACAGGAGAAAGGUUGAAGAA